GCCUCCCGGAGCCUUAUUCCAGGCUGCACGCCGAGGAGCGCUCAGUCGACCCAGGGAGCUGCGCGCGGCAAGCAGCUGGCUCUCUCUUGCUUGAGGCACUAGGGCUCGGGCGGUCGGACAGACGGAGUGAAUAGAGAGACGCCCAGCGGCCGCGAGCUCCGCGCAAAUCCCAGGCAAGCUUGCAUCCAGAGGCCGGCAGCCGACCGUGCCCGCCGGGAUCUCCAGCGCUUCUCCAGCCCGGCUCCUGUGCCAGCGUCCGGUGGCCGCCGCCCCCCAAAGUGAUUGCUGCCUCGCCGCCUCCGCCGAGUCCGGGACCAUGAAGCUGCUGCCGUCGGUAGUGCUGAAGCUCUUUCUUGCUGCAGUGCUUUCGGCGUUGGUGACUGGCGAGAGCCUGGAGCGGCUUCGGAGAGGCCUGGCUGCUGGAACCAGCAAUCUGGAUUCCCCUACUCAAUCUACGGACCAGCUGCUGCCCGCGGGAGGCGGCCAAGGCCGGGAAGUCCUGGACUUAGAAGAGGCAAACCUGGACCUUUUCAGAGCUGCUUUCUCCUCCAAGCCACAAGCUCUGGCCACACCGAGCAAGGAGGAGCGUGGGAAAAGAAAGAAGAAAGGCAAGGGGUUAGGGAAAAAGAGGAACCCAUGUCUUCGGAGAUACAAGGACUUCUGCAUCCAUGGAGAGUGCAAAUAUGUGAAGGAGCUCCGGGUUCCAACCUGCAUCUGCCACCCAGGUUAUCACGGAGAGAGGUGCCAUGGGCUGAGCCUCCCGGUGAAAAAUCGCUUAUACACGUACGAUCACACAACCAUCCUGGUUGUGGUGGCUGUGGUGCUGUCGUCCGUCUGUCUGCUGGUCAUCAUGGGGCUUCUCAUGUUUUGGUACCACAGGAGAGGAGGUUAUGAUGUGGAAAAUGAAGAGAAAGUGAAGUUGGGCAUGACUACAUCCCACUGAGAGGAACCUGCGCUCAAGGCAUCAGCUGGGGACUGCUACCUCUGAGAAGAUACAAGCUGAUCACAGAUUCUACAGAGGGGAAGGACUUCACAACUAGCCAUGAAGAUUCCUUCAUCCCCAGUUGCCAUCUAGAUUGGGCCUCCCAUAAUUGCUUUGCCAAAAUACAAGAGCUUUCAAGUGCCAAACAGAAUAUGUCCAGUGGGAUCUGGGUCAGAAGAAAGCAAAAGUGAGGGACCUUUGUGUCCUCCUGAUUCUCCUGCACCAAGCCCUACUUACCCCCAUAUGUUUGUUUGAACACUUCUCUUCUGGAUUAAAAAUGCCAGUUAAAUUCCAUAUGCUCCAGGAUCUCUGACUGAAAAAACAGAAGGAGAGGAAGAAAGAAAGAUUUGGGGACUGGAAGAAAGUAACAAAGAUUGAGAAGCCAUGUACUCAAGUCGCCACCAAGGGAUCUGCCAUUUGGACCCUCCAGCGCUGGAUUUGAUGGGUUAACUGUGAAAUACCAUAGACCUGAGAACUCUGAAUUUUGGGACUUCUACCCAGAUGGAAAAAUAACAACUAUUUUUAUUUGUUUGUUUGUAAAAUGCCUCUUAAAUUAUAUAUUUAUUUUAUUCUAUGUAUGUUAAUUUAUUUAGUUUUUAACAAUCUAACAAUAAUUUUUCAAGUGCCUAGACUGUUACUUUGGCAAUUUCCUGACCUUCCACCCCACAUCCCCCACCAUCUGGCUCAAUAUUAGACUCUUCUGCUGCAAACAUGAGAUGGCUCUGUGACCCAUCUGUAGUCAUCCAUUGUCUGUCCACAUUUCUGAAGAUCUUCCAUGAUCAGAGUGCCACAGGGGGAGUUUUGUAUGGUCAGGAUGUAGGAAUUAACUUUGUCAGAUCCACUCUAUGAGUUGGACUGCAGUCUUGCCUAGGCGAUUGUGUCUACCGUUUGUGUUUUGACAGCCUGCGGUGCUGAUGUCAAGAUGUAACAGGUAUCAGUGUUAUCCUGUGUCCUCUCCCUACCCGAUCACAGAAGAGGUUGGGCUUCCAUGCCUCCAGCUUUCCUGGCCCCUCACUCUCUGUGGGCCCAGGUCCGCAGAGUGGGAACUCACUGUCCCUUGUGUCAAGACAUUUCUCUUACUCCUGCCAUUCUUCUGGUGCUACUCCAUGCAGGGGUCAAUGCAGCAGAGGAUAACCUAGAGAAGGUAUUCGCAAAGAAAAAGGCUGAGGAGGAACAGGAAACAUUGGAGCUGACUGUUCUUAGUAAUUGAUAACCUACCAAUUGCUAUAGAGAAGGAUGGAGGUGAGGAGGGCUUUUGUGUAAACACACCCACCUCACCCAAACUACAAAGGUGUGCUGUCAUGGUCCCUUCUGGAAGUUUCUGGUGCCAUUACUGAACUGUUACAAACCUGUAUUUCCAAACCUGUAUUUCUGAAACUGUAUUUCCAAACUUGGUUCAUAUUUAUACUUGCAAUUCAAAUAAAGAUAACCCUUACUCUGUA